CAUAAACCUCGCCCUUGCCUUGACGCAUACCACUAUUACUGAAGACGCUUCCCAGAUCUUCGCUGAAAAAGCCGCAAUGGCAGGUGCAGCAGGUGUGUUACUCAUGUCCCUGGCUCUGGGAGCAGCGUCCUUUGGGAUAGGCACGCUCCCCUUGUCUCUGAGCUUUACAGGUAGUGGGCUGGCUGGAGUCUCAGCCGUUGGUACCGGUCUGCUACUGGGUGCUGCUCUAGGCAUUAUAAUUCCAGAGGGUGUAGAGGCUACAGCAGGAGCCUACGCCGCCUCCGAGUUUCCUACAACCAAGAUUGCCGCGUCUCUACUGGUAGGCUUCGUCCUGAUGCUGGUCGUGGAACAGUCCAUAUCCUCGCAUGCACACCACACAUCCUCUCAUUCCCCCGUGUCUCUCGGGGACACAAGGCCGACCAACAAAGUCCUUCCCAGCUCUUCGUCCGAAGUCGAGUUCGACGCCGGCUUGGACGACCUUGAGCUCCAGCCAGGCUCCAGCCCUCGUACGAGCGCAUUCCCUUCAGUAGACCUAGUGCGGCGUAUAGACGGCAGGAAGGAAGCCUUCCCGCUCACCGUGGGCCUGUUCAUACACGGACUCGCGGAUGGCCUUGCCCUGGGAGUCUCGUCGCUCUCGGACUCGCAGUCUGUCCACCCAUCGGAGCUGUCACUCGUUGUCUUCAUGGCACUUAUGAUUCAUAAAGCUCCUACGACGAUCGCCUUUACUACCUCGCUUCUGUCGACGGCGUUGCCCAGGUCUGAGAUCAAGAAGUACAUUGCCAUUUUCGCCAGUUCUACGCCUUUGGGUGCUAUUGUGUCCUACGCACUAUUCUACAUGCUGGGUGCUGGCGCUGCUGAUAGCACGAGCGGUCUAGCUUUACUCGUAUCGGGCGGAAGCUUCCUGUACGUCGCGACAGUUUUGCAACCAGUAUCCGAUCACUCCGAUGGUUCACCUUCGGAGCUUCGCAAAACGACUCGGACACUGCUCAUAGUAUUGGGUAUGUUAGUACCUUUCUUGAUUAGUACCGUUGUCGGCCAUGAUCAUGGGACAGAAGGCGCCGUACCUUCACCUCCGAGUCCAAGCGGGUGAAGCUCGAACUUCUCUUCCUUCCCCAGUAGUCUGUGCGUUGUAAUUUAGGCACCCGAGAGCCCUCUCAUAUAUCCAUAAGGUCGGACGUAUCACAUAUAGGACUUCCAUUGCCAUGAUAGUGUAAAUCUUGAGAAUCGGUUAUCGAC